CGAAAAAAACUUUUAACUUUUUACGCAAAUGUGGUGAUGCUACAACCUAAAAUCAGCGAAUUAACAUUGCGAAAGUUAAUUUAUCUAUUACAUGAUCACAAUGACAUGUUAACGUGGAUUCAAAAUAUAUGCGAACAUUGUACUGGUAAAAAAGGUGGUAUACUCAUUUCUGCCAUUCACGCUUACACUUUGCAUGGUUCGCCUUUUGUUAAAGAACUCUCGAAGAAUAUAUUAACUGAAGUAUGCAAACCGUGGUACAGCACGUUGAAAAUGUGGCUUCUAGAGGGUAAAAUUACCGAUCCUUACAACGAAUUUUUUAUUAAAAUGAAAACAUUAAAUUACAACUUAUGGAACAAUAAAUACCUGUUAAGGAAAAAAAUGUUGCCAUCGUUUAUGAAUCCAUAUUUAACUAAAAUUAUAUUGUCAUUUGGUAAAACAAUGUAUUUUUUAAAACACGUAUGCAAAGAUAAAGGCCAAGUUUCACAAAACGAAUCUUUAGAAAAUUUAUUGACAACCACCUCAGUUGACGCUCUGUUUGACGCAGAAAAAAAUAUGAAAUUUGAAGAAUCGUUAGAAAAUAUAUAUCGAAAAAUUUCCCUUUACAUUUUAAAUCUUCUCAGGAACAAAUUCAGGUUAUACGAUCACCUAGAAUUAUUCAGAAAAUAUUUGUUGUUGGCUCAAGGUGAUUUUAUCAGUCAUUUGUUGGAACUAUUGAUGCCGGAACUGAACAAGGACGCAAUUGAUGUUCAUUUUCACAGGCUUAACUCCCUAUUCGAACUGGCAGUUCAUUCGUCGAACGCAAAGUUCGAAGACAAAGAAAUUAUGGACAAGCUCACCAUACAGAUCGAAGGGAGGUGCACUGGAAAAAAAGGCUGGGAAGUCUUCAGUUUGGGUUUCAAAAUCGACGAUGGGCCUAUCGGAACCAUAUUUAAGGAAACCAUACCCGUAUACCGUGUGAUUUUUAACGUUCUGUGGCAGACCAAACGUAUGGAGUUUGUGUUAACCAACAUGCGUCGAAAACAAAUACUGAUAAUGAGGCUAUUUAAGAGCCUGACAUAUUUAAAAUUUAUCACACCCAAUAUUACUAUAUUGACAGGUGAAAUGAUUCAUUUCUUCAAUCAGCUACAAUAUUAUUUUAUGUUUGAAAUAUUGGAGUGCUCUUGGGUGCAACUGAUGGACAAGCUGCAUAAAGCUAAGAGUUUAGACGACAGUGUAAUCGCUCAUAAUUUCUUCUUGAAAUCUCUCAAAAAGGAAUUUGACGCUUUACAGUCAGAGCUCUACAGGGCUUCACACGAAGAGAACUUGGCUUUUAAAGCCUUCCUUAAGACGAAUAACUAUGCUGAAGAUGUAAGCUUAUCCGAAGAGGAAGAUAAAGAAGAAAUUGCUAGAAGGGCAAACUAUACACUGAACUUGUUAACCAUAAAAUCCCAAAUGAGCACACUUUCACAAAGAUAUCAAAGCAAUUUGGAGAAAUAUUUAAAAAUACUUUCGUCAAGUGCCAACAUCAGUUUGCAAUUAUUGAGCACCAGGAUAAAUUUUAAUAAUUAUUACAAUAUUGAAUAGUAAAUGUGAUUCAAUUGUGUUUUGUGCACAAUUUUAUCCAAAUACAAAUCAUUAAUUAACUGUAA